UUCGGUGGUAUUUGCUAGCAGGUGGAUGUAGUGACUAUAUCCAAUGCAGCUGAUCAAUAGAAGUACUGACCAACAAUAGACAAUUUUUAGUUACAUGCCGCUGAUUGAUUGGUUUAUGGUGGAUAAAUAAUUUAGCUUCCACGGAGGCGAACAUAGAACGAAUCUAAUAAUGACACUUGAUUGAGACACUGCCUGCUGUGUUAGUUGUUAGUAUUCAGUUCACCAAAGAGGCGCGCGUGGUGCAGACACGUCCUAGAGCUCGUGGAAAGUGGUUAUUAGACCGAAAAUGCGGUCAUUAUCAUGUAAUGUGUUAUUGGUUAUGAUAGCAUGUUUCACAGUCUUCGCGAGAUACGGGUGUAAUCGAUUGACGACUGGACCAUCGUUAAUGACGCGCAAGCGAGCACUAUCACCAGGAUCGAAACUGGUUUCGAACGCGCUGUCCAAGAUGCCCACCCGAGAAGAUAAGCACGAGGAUGGAGAAAGUGGUAUCCGUUAUCUAGAAACGCCAGACAAAUCCUUCUCAGAUAAAAAAGAGUACAGGUCCAUUAUCCUGUCGAAUGGAUUCCAUGCACUACUGAUUUCCGAUCCAGCCGGGCGAGUGCAACCAGUGGGGAAUAGUUCGAACGAAGGAAGCGAUACCGAGUAUCAAUCUCAGAGUGAUGAAGAGUCAAGUGUAACAUCAAGCACAAAUGAGCCAAAUGACAGCGAUGGUGAAGGUGAUGCGAGCGGGGAAAAACUAGCCGCCGCUGCAUUAUGCAUCGGUGUUGGUUCUUACAGUGAUCCACGCACAGUACAAGGUUUGGCCCAUUUUUUAGAGCACAUGAUUUUUAUGGGCAGUGACAAGUACCCCACCGAAAAUGAAUAUGAUUCUUACAUUAGCAAAUGUGGUGGAUUCGACAAUGCUGUUACAGAUCUGGAAGAGACAACCUUUUACUUUGAGAUCGACGAGGAAUAUCUUGAUGGUGCUCUUGAUAGGUUUUCGAGUUUGUUCGCUUCUCCUCUAAUGAUGCGAGAUUCAAUCUGCCGCGAGCGUGAUGCCGUUGAGUCGGAAUUUCAAACCAACAUUAAUAGCUUCUCAUCUAUGCGAGAGCAGCUGCUUGGAUCUAUGGGCAGAGAGGAUCAUCCAUGCAGCUUGUUCUCCUGGGGAAAUUUACGCACUUUGAAAGAUAAUGUGACCGAAAAUGAGCUGUACGAAAUUUUGCACAAAUUUCGAAAACGCCACUAUUCAGCUCAUCGGAUGUACUUCGCCGUUCAGGCUCGAAUGAGUUUAGAUGAACUUGAGGAUUUAACAGUAAAGUAUUUCGCGAGCAUCCCUAAUAACCAUCUACCUGGAGAUGAUUUUUCCAUGUAUAACGAACGCAAUGCAUUUAAGUCGGAUUUUUAUAAUAAGGUAUUAUUUGUAAAACCAAAGUCUAACAUAUGCAGACUGGAUGUGACAUGGAGUUUACCACCGUCCGUAAAGGACUAUAAAGUGAAACCCGUGGAUUAUCUGUCGUAUCUAUUAGGAUAUGAAGGGAAAUAUAGUCUAACCAGUUAUUUAAGAAAUAGAACAUUAGCGUCGGAUGUACAAACAGGAGCCAGUUAUGGCUUUGAAAAGAACUCUCUCUUUACGCUGUUCUCAGUGUCUGUGACAAUGACUGAUAAGGGCUUAGAUAACAUAGACGAAAUUCUGCAGGCGAUCUAUUCCUACAUCAGACUGCUGAAAAAGACUGGCCCAGUAGAGUGGCUGUACAAUGAACUUAAGGAGAUUGAGGCAACCUCAUUUCGUUACCGCAAAGAGAAAGAUGCCAGCGAUAAUGUGGAAGAGUUGGUGGUUAACAUGCGGUAUUAUCCCUCGAAGGAUAUUAUUACAGGGUCGGAGCUAUACUUCCAAUAUAACGCUAAGGAAAUACAAGAUGUUAUAGAUAAUUUGAAUUUACCAAACUUCAAUAUUAUGAUCUCUUCAUCCAAGCCGUACAAGGGAAUCAUGUAUGACAAGCAGGAAAAGUGGUUCGGAACGGAAUAUGCUGAGAGAGAUGUUCCUCAGGAGUGGAAAGAUCUCUGGAAUAACGCAAAAAUCAUACCUGAACUCCAGCUACAGGAAAGAAAUCACUACAUCAGCACGGACUUUACCAUCUUAACUGACAAAAACGACUUGGGUGUGACACAAACGCCACCAUUCCCGGAAAAAAUCCUGGAGAACGAAUUAUGCGAACUCUGGUUUCGACAGGAUAACGUAUUCAAACUACCGAUAUCGAUGAUGUACUUCUAUUUCGUAUCCCCGAUGUCGCUGCAGAGCCCAAAAAGUGCAACACUAUCAAGUCUAUAUUGUUCGGUGUUGAAAUUUCAAAUCGCUGAGGAGCUAUAUCCAGCAUCGGUAGCCGGAUUGGAUUAUGAAAUUUACCCUGCUGAAAAAGGCAUCGUGUUAAAGGUCGAUGGAUACAAUCAAAAGUUGCCAAUUGUCGUUAGUGAAAUAACAAAGGCAAUGCAAGGUUUCGAUAACAAUAUCAACCCUGAUGUGUUCGAGGUGAUAAAAAAGAAACUCGCUAAAUCAUACUACAAUGAAAUUAUCAAAGCAAGCAAAUUGAAUCGGGAAAUCCGAUUGAAAAUAGUUCAGCAGACUUUCUGGACUACACUCGAGAGGUUCAAUGAGCUGAAGAAUUUGACGAUCGAGGACUUGAUUGAAUAUUCUAGAAAAUACUUUCAAAAUGUCAGGGUUCAGGCACUCAUACAAGGAAACUCACAAAAACAGAACGCACUAGACAUUAUAUCAGAUAUAUUGACAAGCUUAAAUAUCGGAAAAAUUGAAAAUCGAACCCUUAUUGACUCCAAAGCACGCGAAAUUCCAUUAGGCAACAACUACCUGACCGUUAAAUCGUUUCGCGAUAACGAUGUGAACACAGCGACGACGAAUUUCUACCAGGUGGGUCCUGCAACACCUAUGCUGAAUUCCCGAUUGGAACUGCUGACAAUGCUGAUCGAAGAACCACUGUUCGACAUUCUUCGCACCAAGGAACAACUUGGUUAUGAUGUCUCAACGACGAUGCGCGACAAUUUCGGUGUUUUAGGGUUCUCAAUUACCGUUUACUCACAAGAGGAUAAAUUUACUUACCAGUACAUUGAUGAAAGAAUUGAGGAUUUCAAUAGUAAAUUUGUCCAGAUCCUGGAUAGCAUGUCCGAAUCGGAUUUCGAUCUAAUAAAAACCUCGCUUUUGAAAAGUAAGCAAAUCAUCGAUACUGAGUUGAAGAAUGAAGUGAACCGGAAUUGGGCAGAGAUCACAACAGAACAGUAUAUUUUCAACCGCAACAAGUUAGAAAUGGAACAUAUCGAGGGGCUGACCAAGUCUGACAUCAUGGAAUUCUACAAUCAGCUACUUUUUGAUAAUAAACACCGGAGAAAGCUUUCCGUGCAAGUAGUUGGGUGUAACGAAAAAUCGGUUCCUUGCAGUAAAAUUUCCGACGAAGUAGACAACUGUGAAGAUCUGGAACGGGAUUUUUCAAUCCAUUACUUAUCGACGGAUGAUCUGGGACGCAACUCAAUAACCGAUAUCAGUAGUUUUGGACAAACAUUAAAGGUUUAUCCUGUUAUAAAAAUACAAUUCUAAUUACUGGUCCUGUUGUUUCCAUGAUGUUACUUAUUUAAUUGUUGAAUAAAAUGCAACCUGUUUGAUACUGUU